AUGUCUAGAAAGUCCAAGCAUCGCAUUCACCACAUAACAGUCAAUAAGAAGAGCAAGACUGGCCGACGGAGGCAGUAUAGUGAUGAGCGUGAGCUCUUUCGGGAGGAUUACGUUGUGAAGAAGCCCUGCAAUCCUUGUCCAAAGCAAGUGAACAUGAAGCCUCGAGAGCCGCAGCCAAACAAAUACGACGAGGAGCAGAUUAAAGAGCUUGUUAAGCUUGCCGGUGAAAAUCAGCAGCUACUGAAUGAGAUGACCCUGGAUGCCAGAAUAACAAAGGCCAAGCAGAAGAAGACAGACAGCAUAGUUAAGACCUUUGACAUCUGGGGAACGCCGCUACCAGAGAAGCGGACAAUAGACUUCACAGGAAAGCCUAUUCCAGUCCCCCACAAGCUUUCGGCACGUGUCCCAGGCGUUGAUGAACUCCAGGGCAAGGGAUCUAGCGCAGUUGAGCUGCCUCAAACAGCUGUUUCAUACAACCCAACCUACCUGUCGCAGCAGCAGGUCAUUGAAAAGCUCGCAAAGAAAUACGUUUCUGAAGACAAGGUAGCCAUGAAACUCAAAGCCAUUCGACCGUCUAGCUUCACUCCUGAAGAGGUGCAUGAAGAACACGUUAAUGCAAUUUUACAAUAUAUUAUCGAACGUGAUAAGGCACAAGCAGCGCAACCAGACCAGCAGGAUGGCCAUGCCUCUGAGUUCGAUGCUUCUGAACAAUCUCUCUCGGUCGCCGAUACAGCAGCUUCUCGCCUUCCUCUCACUGAUGAAAUAAGGCGCCUUCUUGAGGAGCACAAGCUAGAGGAGGUUCACAUGACCCAGACAGAUCGCCGUCUCAAGAGAAGACAGAUAAGGGAAAUGAGCCAAGAACUUAAGGUGCUCGAUGAGCUCAUCAAGCAAGUACACAUUUCAAAGUUAGCUGCCAGCAUAGACGCAGGUACUUUCGAUAUCAAUAAUUUGGCAAAUCAAUCUAUAGAGACUGAGCUAGGCAGGAUCGAGAAGAAAAUUCGCCAGCCUACAGAUAGACCAGUGCCAGAGGAGGAGCCUCCUGUCCCGCUGACCGAGGACUGCAAGGGGACUAUGCGCCUCGUCAAGCCAGUGGGGUCUGUCUUACAAGAUAGGUGGGUCUCUGCGCAGCGUCGUAAUCUCGUCGAAAUAGGAGUUCCAAACAAUCCUAACAAACAGAACGCUACGCGGGAAUGGAAGGUUAUUGUACAUUAG